UUAAGUACCCAGAAUUCUAUCUUCAUGUUCCUGUCAUUUUAUUUGAUGUGAUCGACCGGGGAUAAUAUGUCAAAUUUUGGUCGUCCGCCACCAUACACAUCCAUUAGCGGGCCUACCCCCGACAGCGAUAGACCAUAUUACACGGUCAACAGAGAAGCUGACUUAGAUAUUGAACUUGGACAUCCUACUAAUCACGACAAUACAAUCCCGAUACAGGUGUCACUGACCGCGUUAAGGAUGCAAAAAGCUUCGCUCGAAAAAGAAGUCCGCAAAAUGGCUGACCAGCACGAAAAGGGCUUACUGAUGCAAAAGAUAACAGAAUUGACGUAUCAGAAACGUCGAUUAGAAUCCGCUCUUAGCCAAGCUCGACAAGCUCGAGCUGCCAUCGUCGGAAUGUUUUCAUCGGAGAAAACCCCACCUAAUCGGGACUUGGAGGUGGAUAGAAGUACACCGCCGCCACCAACGCCGGAGAAGCGUCCCAUAUCGCUUGAGAGCAGAGGUUCAGAAAGUCCAGUUGUGACGAGAAUUGACCGGUGUCUCAACUACCGGAGAAGAAUAAAGUGGCUGUUCAUGGGUAUGCUGUAUAAACUGUCUCGAAUAAAAAACAACAUUUUCCGUUCAAAUGGCAGAGGAGGUAAUGAUGGUUCAUUGUUUUCAGGAAAGCGGGGACUCUCACUUGCUGGUCUUGUUUUGCUCUCAGUGCUUCUGGUAUACACCCAAAUACGACUUAUAAAACACGUGGAUAUGCCCAGAGAGACAGCGCCGCCUGAUCGUUGCGGUGUCAGAUUUGCGCCAGCGAAGUCCCGACCAACGGUAGCCCUCGCCAGUUUUCCUGGUUCCGGAAACACUUGGGUUCGACAUCUUAUCGAACAAGCCACUACUUACUACACUGGUAAUGUAAAGAGAAGUUCGACAUUAGAAACCGCAGGAUUUAAAGGAGAAAACGAAGACUGGCGUUCAGGAACCACCGUUGUUCAAAAAACUCACGAUUUCUCGCGAGAUCUUAUCAGGCGUUUUCAGAAUGCUAUUCUUCUAAUCAGAAACCCAUAUAAGGCAAUGUUAGCGGAAGCUAGCAGACAGUACGCCGGGAAGACUGGUUACGCUCCAAUGAACAUAUAUUAUAAUGAACAAGGAUGGGAUCUUUACGUUAAAAAAUACUCCAGUGAAUGGGAAAGCCAGAUCAGUCAAUGGUUGCUAUUCCACGAACGCCCGCUGAUACUUGUCCGCUACGAGGACAUGAAGGACAACCCCAUCUACGAACUCCGUAAAAUCUCUAACUUUCUCAACAUGACGCUGGAAGAUAGGAGGGUAGCAUGUGUAGUAAAAAACCUCGAAGGGCGAUUCCAUCGACCCGACGACCACAACAAGUUCCUCGGAUUCAAUCCUUUCACGGAGGAGAUGCACAAAGAUAUAGAGGAGCGAAUAGAAAGGGUAAAUGACUUGCUGGAAGUGAGGGGUUACAAACACGUUGCUAGAGUAUAUCCCGGUUAGUUGACUGUGGGUGGUGUGUGCAGUACCUAUAUAAUGACAUUAUGUUCACCUCAACGAUAAAGCAGUGCACAGGGCAAGUUUUAUAUACUACGGGUGAUAGGUAGCUGAAGUGAAUGGACCGGGAACGUGAAUAAUUCUAAUAAAGAUAAUAAUUAAUGUGGGGGAAAUCAUGGAAAUCUACUUUACACACUUUCUUACUAAUUGUAUAUUUAAAUUAAAAUAAACUGUACAUUUGAAUAAAGCAUAGUCGGUUAAUAUAGACUAUUCAACUCACAA